GCUAACAUGUCGUCGUUGACAAUGUUUUAGACUUUUAGUUCCAGGUAAAUAAUGGACUAAAUCAAAAUGACACAGUAAACUUCCUCUGCUUACUUUCAAUGAAGUUUCAAGUAGUAAAUACAAGAGUGCAUCAAAGAUUCAACAAGAACAGUCUCUUUGUACUCAACAUAGGAAUUGAUUUAAGAAACCCUGCAUUGAUAAGGGCACCCAAGCAUCAGCAGCAGAGAGCUUUGAAACAGACGGCAACAAAAUUUCUAUGAUAGUCUUCCCCUCCGGUAGAAGAGCCCUCUGAGUGAUCGACUUAUCCAACAAUAGUUUUGGAGGGAAGCUGCCAUCAAAGUUCAUUGACACUUUGAAUCCCAUGAGAGCCUUAAAUGUAAGUCACAAGCUGGAAUACAUGGAACAGACAUUGCAACCGAAUAGCUAUUGGGUCAUUGAAGAAUUUGGCCCAUUCGAUUACUCAAUAACCAUGCAAAACAAGGGUUUUGAAAUGAACUACAUGAAGAUUCCCGAUAUUUUUUGUGGUAUAGAUUUCUCCUCCAACAAUUUUGAAGGACAGAUUCCUGACACGUUUGGAGAUCUCGCGGGGCUUCAGUUGCUAAAUCUUUCUAGAAACAAUCUCAGCGGUCACAUACCAUCUUCUUUCUCAAACAUGAAGAAUUUAGAGUGUUUGGAUCUCUCCCAAAACCAACUCUCAGGACAGAUUCCUACCAAGCUCACAAAACUCACUUACCUUUCAUCAUUUGAUGUGUCAUUUAACAAUCUCUCUGGCCCUAUACCAAAAGGAAAUGAGUUCUGUACCUUUGACUCCAAAUCAUAUGAAGGGAAUCCUAGAUUGUCCCUUGAAACUUGGAAUAAGCAAUGUGGAAAUGCAAGGUUUUUGCCUCAACUGCAGCAGCCUCCAUCCAUCACAGAAGAAGAUGACACCUCAGAAUAUGACUUAAAAAUAAAGUGGGUCAUAAUUUCGAUUGGAUUCCUAAAUGGUUUGGUUGGUGGAGUGAUCGUUGGGAAUGAGUUGACUACAAGAAAACACUAUUGGUUCGUCAAGAAGUUCGCAAGGAUACAGAGCCGAUGGUUUGCGUGAGAGGAGAAGCAUACUAUAUGCAUUUUCGGUUGUGUUUGGAGUAAACAGAAAUAAAUGGCUGUGGAUGUGUUUGUACUUUGCAGUAUCAGUGUUUUGGGUAUUCUCUGUUGUGUAUUUUUUUAUUGUCAAGUGAUUCAUGCAUUGAAAUGUAAGAAAGAUAUGCUGUUUUG